GCACCAGAGAGUUAAUUAUGUGCUGGAAUGCCCAAGCCUACAAGACUUCAAUUGCUGAAUGUUCAGAGUUACGGCUUUCACCUGGCCCUGGGAAACAGGGCUGUGGGAAAGGGAACUUUGGGCAGGACUGCGUUGUCUCCUGGCUCUGGCUUUCAGAAGUGUGCAGUGAAUCGCCAGAGGACUUGUACCCUUCUCUCCUGAUGCUCCCUACCCUCUAGCUAUGCUUGUGAGAACAAGGAACUUCUCAGCAAGGUGUCCCAGAGCUGCCUUCCUACUUGGAGGAAAAUGACUGCCCAACGUCAACUCUGCGAAAGCUGCUCUGGGAAUCCAGCAGGAAUUAUUCCUGUUUCAGCAGUGCACUCGUCACUGUCUGCUACGUGAGGUAACCUGGCGCAGAGAUGAUGCUCCCACCCUCCCCCUGAAGUCGAGUCCUUGAGCGAAGCCCGGCGAAGAACAGCGGAGAGCCUCCUUAAGAGAGAAGAAAGGGGAGGAGAAAGCGUCUCUCUCCGGGCACAGCAACCCCACCUCCCGCUUAUUUCAUCUUCCUUACAAGGCUAAAGCCAGAAGCUUUCCUCGGCGCCUGGGUCCCUUAAAAGCAGGAGAGCAGAGCCAAGGAUCCCGGUGGAGUGCCGCCGGGAUGUGGGUGACAGAGGCGCUGGCAUGAGCCCUUUGGAAAGCACAGCAGAGGAGGCUGGUGCUCUCCAGAGGAGUGUGACAGUAACCUGUGAUUCCUAAACCAGGUGUCCAGUGAUGCAGAUCUUCUAAAGAAACAUGAAACCAAACCCAAAAAGAAAUCACUGAGGGGGAAAAAGUGCAACAUGAGAGUUUAAUUGAAACAAGAUUGUCUGCACAUUCUGUGAAGUGUUUCCAUGCUCUGACUGUCUAGUCUCUCUGACGGGUAAUUCUAGAACUGCCAAAUCUGAAUGGGAAAAGAGGAAACACCUCGAGAGUUCAAAGCUGCAGCCCUUCUGUGGACCAUGCUGCCAGGGAUAGUCAGUGGCUGAAAGAUGCAAGACUUUGCCCCCUGUCUGUAAGAUGGACCGAGACAAACGUUUAGCAAAUGUGCUAAAAUGAAAUACUGGCCUGUGGAGCAGAGCUGCUGGGAGAUCGGACUGACCUCGAGGACGGAGGAUUACUAGACAACCCCUGCAGCUUCUCAUCGAAGGCUUUGGCUCAGCCUUGCCGCCAGUGCAUGCAGAGCCGUGGGUUCAGCAGUCGAGGAUGGAGGUGCUCCGUCGUUCCUCGGUCUUUGCUGCAGAGGUGAUGGAGGUUUUUGACAGGUCUCCCACUGACAAAGAGCUUGUGUCCCAAGCCAAGGCACUCUGCAGAGACUACAUAAACUCAAGGCUGAUUCAGGCGGGUGUCAGCUGGAGCAAACCCGAGUACAACGCCCCAGUGCCUGGGGGUAAGCUGGCCGAGGUGUCCACCAUACUGCUACGCCUUGGGGAUGAGCUGGAGUACAUUCGCCCCAACGUCUACCGGAACAUCGCGCGCCAGCUGAACAUCUCGCUGCACUCCGAGACCGUGGUGUCAGACGCCUUCCUGGCAGUGGCUGCGCAGAUUUUCACCGCAGGCAUAACGUGGGGCAAGGUGGUGUCCCUGUAUGCCGUGGCAGCCGGGCUGGCGGUGGACUGUGUGCGGCACGCGCAGCCAGCCAUGGUUCACACCAUCGUGGACUGCCUGGGAGAGUUUGUCCGCAAGACCUUGGUGACGUGGCUGAAAAGGAGAGGAGGCUGGACAGACAUCACAAAGUGUGUGGUGAAUACUGACCCCAGCCUUCGCUCCCACUGGCUCGUGGCUGCUGUUUGCAGUUUUGGUCACUUCCUCAAGGCCAUCUUCUUCGUCCUGCUGCCUGAGAGAUGAUCUGAGCUGCCAAGCACAGCCCCCUUGCCCCAUCUUCUCUCCUGCUCCAGAAGCAACAAGAAGUAACUGGAGAAGUAAUUCCAGACUGGUAAUGGCAAUCUCUGAAGAGGAGGAAGAGAAGAACUGGGACAAAAACAACAACAACAAAAAAAUCAAACAAAAAAUCUUGUUCUCCUCUCCCAUCAAGUGGGAGCAGAUGAUCAACCACGGUCUCCUAUUUGCAGCCACACGAGGCUCUCUCAUUAAUCCUUCCAAGAUUCUUGUUUCCCUGGGUAACUUGCAUGUGUGGCCUGGGUGUAGCUGGUCCCUGGGCACGCUGGUGGCAGCCGUGUGUGGCGUGGGACCGGCACGUGGCUGCUCCUUACAGCUGUGUUGCAUGCUUAUGCCAGCACCAGGCAGAGGGGAGGAGGAAGGGAAUAUUAUUUGAAAUGGGAUAAGAAAAUAGGAGAGGGGGUGAGUCCCUCCUUUGCUCCAUGUGAUUUCCCUUUCAGUCCUCAGACUUGCCUUGUGUUGAUUUUUGUCGUUACGUUUGUGCUUAAACGUCAUCUCCUCCUUUAUCCCUAGCUCACUUGCUGGGCUCUGCCCCAGCACGGCAUGGUGGGUUUUUAACGAGGUAAAACCAAAUAAUCUGUCAACAAAUGCUUCUCCCUGGCAUGUCUUGGAGAUUGCUCUGAGUAGCUGUGUGAGGGCAAUGUGUGUUUUGUUGACCCCUCUUGCUGCACUCAGCCCAGUCAAACAGGAGAACAAGGGGCAAUGCCUUCAAGCAACGACUCGGGGUGGAAUUUCAUGAAGAAAAAUGUUUUCUCCACUGAGAUUCUGUCAGAGCUAAGCAUGUAAGUAGGAAAGAAAUGGGGGGCAGGGGCAGAAAUAGGGAAGCAGCAAGUGAACUGGCUGGCGUUGUAAAAGCAGAGAGCUGUGCUGAAAGUAGCUGAUGUAUGUUUCUCCUUUAACCUCUUUGAAGUACGACUCGUAGUCUUCUUUGUGGCAAACAAUAAAAGAAAAUAAGUGGUA